CAAAAUACUAGAAUUAAAUCAUAGCUGCACCACUCACAAGCUAGGGGAGUAAACAAAGUUCUAGAAACCUUGUUUCAAAUCAAAAAAAGAUAUAUGCUUUACCAACAAGUUUGACCCUGUGGACAUAGUAUUUUGAUUAUGAACGAAGAAGAUAUAAAGCGUUUGGAGUACUGUAAAAAGUACAAUAUUCACCAUCUUUUUGAGCUAUUGGCAACCAAGGUGAUUGUAGACCGUCCCGAGAACCCGUUCCAAUACUUGCGGGAUCUCUUGGCUUCAGUGGAAGAGUCUGAGCGUAAGAAAGGCACCUACGACCCCACUAAAAUACACUAUAAUGGCGAUUGUAUCACUUCGUUGAACAAUGAUGAUUUACGUACUGGUCAAAAGGAAAUUUCCAACAAAGUAAAUUCAUCCUCAAAAAGGAUUGCACUUGGGGUUUUUGGUCUGGACAACGCUGGAAAGACUACUAUUCUGUCUGCGAUUGGUGGAGAGAUAAAUCAGAACUGCACUCCAACCGUUGGCUUUAACCCUGUUCGAUUUCAGACGGAUUCAUGUGACGUUUCCAUGUUCGACUUAGGUGGUUCAUCGAACUUCAGAGGAAUUUGGGUGCACUAUUUUCAUGAUUGUCAUGGUAUCGUUUAUGUCAUCGACUCGGCCGCGGAGGACGCGACUUUGGUGAAAUCUCUCGAAGUCCUUCAGCAGACCCUCAAGCACCCCUUCAUGCAGGGCAAGCCGGUUCUUGUGCUUGCCAACAAGAAGGAUUUGUCGACGAGCCGCCGCGAGGCGGCCGUGGGAGAGGGGGUUCUUGAGGAAGUCCUACUCCCUGGGACCCCCUAUAGGGUGUUCGCUACGUGUGGCAUUGAAGAGGAUGAGGAUUUGGAAAAGGGUAUUGAAUGGCUUCUUACCACUGUCUUAGAUACUUAUGACGAGCUAGAAAAGCGUGUCAAGAAGGAUACGGCGACGGCAAAGGAAGAGAAAAAUCGCGAACGCGCUAAACGCUUAGCUCAGUAGAGACCAAAAGCGAAUAUAUAUUGUCUGCGAGGAAGCGGAAGAAGGACUACUUUCAUAAAAACGCAGUGCGAUGUAGCUUGUUUUUCUUGGGUAGAGCUCUUUUUCCCUUUUUUGUAUCCACUUUUAGAAUUAUUCGACAUGAAAAAA